UUUCUUUAUUCUAUGAACCUUUGUUGUAAAACGUUUGUUUAAUUACCGCCCUCUAAACAUGUGAAUAAUCCAUUAAGCAAAGUCGAAUUGACACAUUUCUUCCACGGGAUCAGUCUUUUUUUUUUCUAACGUCCUUUCUCUGUGGACACAGAAUCUCCCAGAAAGCUUUCGGCGCGCCAACGUCACGGCAGCUAACCUUAGCUAGCUGCUAGCUGGCUGUUUGUUUAUUUUUUGCGUCUCAGGAAAUCGUCAACGUAAAAAGAAACAGAACCGAGGUUGCGUCUCCGACAUGACGUCAGCUUCCGCGAAGGUGGGGGAGAUCUUCUCUGCAGCUGGAGCCGCUUUCACCAAACUGGGCGAGCUGACGAUGCAGCUCCACCCGGUGUCGGACUCCAGCCCUGCAGGGGCCAAGUGGACAGAGACGGAGAUCGAGAUGUUGCGUCUCGCUGUGCGUCGCUUUGGAGACGACCUCAACAACAUCAGCACGGUGAUCAAAGAACGCACAGUGGCUCAGAUUAAGAGCACGGUGAAGAGGAAGCUGUACGAGGACAGCCGGGUGCCCAUCUCCUCCGAGUCGCCCAAGAAGACGGUGAAGAAGGCCGCCGCUGUCCCCAUGGCGCCGGCGCCGGCCCCCGCCGCCACUCCUGCCAUGAUCGCCGUUCCGACCUCGCAGGUCGUCGUGGCGACGGGGAUGCAGAACAGCCCCUCCAUGGCCCCGCCCAUCAAGAAACAGAAGACAGCAGACGUCACACUGAGCGCGCUCAAUGACUCGGACGUGAACAGCGACCUGGUGGACAUCGAAGGCCUGGGAGACUCUUCGUCCAGUAAGAAGCUGAACUUCGACCAAGAGAGUCUGAACCUGGACUCCAGCCUCAUCAUGAACUCCAGUGACCUCCCUCUGCUCUCCCGUUGACCUCUGACCUCCACGCGCGCACCAGUCGGUUGACUGAAGGAAGGACGUCGGAGGAAUCGGGCGACGUCUCCCUCGCCUGCCGUUCUGCUUCUUUCACUCCAAACGUUUGGAUCUCUUGUACACGUUGCCUGAAUUCCAUAAAUUGUUUGUUUCCUUCGUCUCCAGACGUCUUCCUCCUCCUGAGAGACUUCUGAUCCUCAAAAACCUUGUGAUGUCCACUUUUAAAUAUGGAAACAAACCCGCUCCAAACAUUUUUAUUUGAAGCUGAAAUAAUCUUAAUGAAUUAUAUUCCUAAGUGGAAGUGGGCGUGUCCGCAGAGAUCAGAGACUUUCUUUAGAGGAAUUCUGGAAUUCUUGAGAAAAAACAGGCGAGAAUCCUUCAGCUUAAGUCUGACGAGUUUUCUUAGUUUUCUGCUUUUUACUUGAUUCCUUCCACCUCCCGGAGUUCGUCGCCUGAAGUCCAUAAAUAGUUUCUUCUUGUUGGAAAGUCGCAGGUUUGACUUUGAGUUUGUGUUGUUUAUGACUGGUGUUUAAAAAAACAAAACUUUUCAAUGAUGUGAAAUAAAGAUAAUUUCUCUUGUUUGA